GAUUGGUUAUUAACUCUUCCCAGCAUUCUGUGAUUGGCCCACGCUUUCCGCGGUUUAGGCUGAUUCUUGUUAGCGCCUUUCUCUUCUCUAAGGCUAGGGUCGUUCACUGAAGGUGGUUUUGAAUUUUGAGUCUAUAAUCACAUGGGCUUGACUGGAACUUUAUGGCAAAUAAAGAUCCUAUGAAGAAGUAAACAUAGAAUAUAAUCGUCAUUCAUAUUCUUCCCACGCAUGUCUUACUCGAUGAUAAACAGGCUAGGCUGUUUGAUUCCAGAAGAAUGGAGGAGGGAAGCCCUUUAUUCGUGGGAUCUUAUUCUGUGUGAAGAUUAGCACUUGCAUCCACUUUCACAACAUUCAACAUGUCUUGACCAAUCUCAUAUAUCCUUAUAUUUUUCCACCUAAGUACCAUUGUCUCAUGCAAUUUACGUGUGAACAGUCUUCACCUCUGAUAUUUUUUCACAUGCUACGUAACCUGAAAGUAACUAAAACAAGCCAAGGAGCCUAGCAAUUGCAAAUCUAUAUAUAACGCUAGUAACAUAAAAGCAUCAAAGAAAAAUAGGAAAAAUAAUACUGAGAUCAAAGGAGCAAGGCUGAUGUGAAAAACUAUUUCAAGUCUUUCUGUUAGCAUCUUUCUAAAGCUAUAUCUUACUCAGUUUUCUUCCUCUAUGUUACUUAAUAUUGUGUGGCUCUGCAUUUGUGAAGAAAUGGACUGGGAUAAGUUUGACAUGAACCCUAGAGUGAUUGCAGCUAUUAAAAAAGCAAAUAUAACAUCAAUUAAAGACAUUUUCCAUCUUUCGGGAUCAGAUUUGCAAAGGUUAACAAAGCUAUCCAAGACAGAUGUACAAUAUCUACUAAGAACAAUUUCUACUACUUUGAGAAAAAACUCUGUUUUUACAGCACUCCAGCUAUUUCAAAACAAAGCCCCCAGCACUUCCCAAGGCCAGAAGCUGAGUCUGGGCUGCCCAUUUCUAGAUGGUUUGCUCCGAGGUGGAAUUCCCCGUACAGGAAUUACUGAAAUUGCUGGUGAAAGUUCUGCUGGGAAGACUCAGAUUGCUUUGCAGCUGUGUCUUUCUGUGCAGUAUCCAUACCGAUAUGGUGGACUAGAAUCUGCCACUUUCCUAAAUAUUAAUAGGGAAUGGGUCAUUGGGGAAGAGGUUGUUUCACUUACUAGAACAGUAGCCAGAAGGGACACUUUCCAUGAAUGCAUUACUAAGAGACUUAGCUUGCUGCUCUCGAGAGGAAUGGUGCGGCUAAUCAUUAUUGACUCCAUUGCUGCCUUGUUCAGAUGUGAAUUCAGUGCUACAGAUUCUCUCCAGAAAGCUAAAUAUUUACAGAAAUUUGGGGCAAAACUUCACAGAUUAAGUUGCACGUUCCAGACCCCCAUAAUAUGCAUUAAUCAGGUAACUGAUGCAAUAAAUGUGAGAGAAGAUGCUGUUUGGAAUACUCAAAGCUGCUCAGCCAGGACUGUUGUUCCAGCACUGGGAAUAACUUGGUCUAAUCAGCUGUUGAUGAGAUUGAUGGUGUGCCGUACUGUAAACCAGGCACUGACUGGUGGAGAAACACUGUAUAGUAAAAGUGAACUCCGAAUGUUAAGAAUUAUUUUUGCACCUCAUUUGCCGCAGCAUUUUUGCUAUUAUACUGUAAAUUUAGAAGGUGUAAAAGGAGUUGGGAAAAUCAGUCAUGAUUAUGAAGAAACGUAAAGCAGUAUUUUUUAACCAUUUUCAAUAUAAAAUGGAGCUCAUAUAUUUAAAAUCCUCAAUCUGUUCCUGUGAUUGUAUCAUCCUAUUUAUCUAUUGCAUUAUCCUGUCUGCUCAGCAAAGUGCUUGCUCGGUAGAAUGCUUGUAUUAUUUGAUCUGGAUUGUGCUCUCAGAAUGAUCGCAAACAACAAUUUAAACUCCAGUUUAAACUACAAAAAUAGAACAACAAAACUUCAGUAUAUAAAAGAAUCCACUUUAGCAGUACAAAACAAAUAUAUCACAAACAUCUGAUAAAAUAAGUUUGAACUGAAAAACCUUUGAAGGUUAAACUGUAUUUCUAGAAAGGAAAUUCUUUGCUGUCACCAAUUACAUUUAUGUGUAUUUAACACAGGAUCAACAUGCUACAUUUUCAGUGCCUAGGCUGAAAUAACUUAAGAGAUCCAUUUAAAUGUGCUGCACUCUUUUAAAGUCGGGGUAGACUAUUAAUGGUGUGAUGCAGCUUACUAGCAUGGCUGGGGAAUUCUUUUCCUGACGAGAUUUAGUUGGGUCCCGUUUACCUUUAAGAUGACAAAGAUGAAAAUGUCUUUUUAACUUUUUUGCUCUUCUCUUUUAACUUAUGAAGAAAUAUUUAUAUUCUGCCUGUGCACUAAAUGUACAUAUAGGUAACUUCCAUUGCAGUCUCUACACGGGAAAAAUAAUUUCAUUUUCUAAAUUUCUAAAAAUAAAAUUUAUAAAAAUACACAAGAACCCCAGGAGAUGAAACUUACUAGAUAAAGUCCUCAUGUCCCGUUGGGGGGGGAAAAGAUAAUAAGACUUAAAUGUUCGUAUUUAUUUACUAUUUGUUUAAAGGAUUUGUGUGGCUGCCCCUAGCAAUUCUGGGGGGCUUAGACAUGGCUAAAAAAUUUUUUAAAUCCUUCACAGUAGAGGUUAAGGCCAAAUCCCAACUGACUCAAAUUAAAAGUCAUUUCAGAAUGAGCUUAUCCAGCAUUGGCUCAAUGCCUGGGAGAAAAACAACUUGUCAAGGUCUUAUGGAAAGCCAACAGAGUUGGGAUAAUCAAAAUCUGAUGGGAAUGAAAUUCCAUAGGGCUGAUGUUGUAACAUAGAAGACAAACUUUCUAAAUCCUGAUACAUGACACUAUUUCAUUAGAAGGACUUGAAAUAUCCAUACAUACUAGUUGGAUUUCAUGGGAUGAGCAGAGACAAUCUGCUGCUUAAACUUCACUUAUUCUCAUAUCAUUGUCAAGUAUUGUGCCUAUAUACAAUACCUAAGUUUGUUAUACACUUUUUCCAACAUCAUAUUUUGGUAGAUGCUUUUUCUAAAUGCUGUAAUUGAUUUCUGCAGUUGCUUGAAGAAACUUCUCAAUGCAAUUUAUGGAAAAUUAUAUGGAGAGUAUUCCUUCACUUUGUAUUUUGUUUUUAGAAAUAUUUUAUUAUACUGUACUUAAACAAAGAUUCCCAUUCUCAGAGGAAGUCCUGUUCAAAUAAUAUUUAGCCUAAGUUGAUCUUAUUAAAACAUCUCCAGAUCACAAAGUGUUGGUUAGCAUAUUGCAUGCUUUCUCGUAAAUUAUUAAAACAUAGCAGCUUCUUGUGGCCACGCUUUAUUCAAGGAUAAUACAUCCUAGAUUCUUUAUUUGUCCGAAUAAAUAAACUUUCUCUAUAGGAAUACAUGAGACAUUAUUCUUUCCUCAUAAUCUAUACACUGUUAAUUAACUUUUGUUUAAGCUUAAAAGCUUUUAAGUUUUUGUUAAUACCAUGUAGCAAUUUGCAUGUACUUUAAAUCAUGUUUAAGACAGUAAAAAUGAUUAUCGAAAAGUCAGGUAAAUACUAAAAUAGAUGAUGAUAAUAACAUUUUAACAUACUGUGAACAAAUGUUGAAUACCGCAGCAGCAAUGGAGAAUGUUAGAUUUUUGUUUAUACUGAAUCUUUUUUUAAUUAUGUCAGAAAUGUCUGGAAAAUAACUGAUGGGAGUAUUUUAUCUCCAUCAUGACUCAAAGCAUUAAGUGACACAACUUUCAUUGGAUUCCAUUUUAAACAGACUGCAGAACUCAAUUAUUUUACUACAAAAAUUCAGAUUACCAUUUGGUUAAAUUAAAGAUGAAGGUUAUUUAAGUUUACAAUGCAAACAUUCAGCUUUCCUAGUAUAAACUAUGUUUACUUACUUUACAGGCUGAUUAAAAGUUGAGUAUAUAUUUAGAAAUUUUUCAAAAUAAUAAAAUACACUUGACUUUGGCUGGAUUGUUUUCCUGUAAAUAUUUAAUUCCGGUCUCAUCAUGUUGUCUUAGCUAACUAGAAAUACCAUAACAAUUUCGCAGAACAAUGACCUGAAGAUAAAACAAACAGUUAAAAUUAAACAAAAACAUGUCAUUGUCUAUAAUACAAUACUCUUCGGGGUAUUUAAGACAAUACCAUCCUCUCCCAAUUUAAUGAUAUUUUUAAGGACAAACUUUGUUCUCUAUGGAGAAACAGGCAACAUUACUCAAGACUGUACAUUUGUAGGAUAAAUUUCUUUCAUAAAUUCCCCAAACGUUCCUCUGAAAUGUGGAUCAGUACACAAUAAUCUUGACACACAAGUUGUUUUUUAGGUACACAGAAGUUGGCAAUACAGCCCUCUGUGAGAAUUAUGCAAAGUAAUGGAUUGGAUAUAGCAGCAUAUCAUGUAUAUACAGCAGUGGGUGGAAUUACAAAAAUUGUUUGAAAGAACAAGGAGACAAUAUUCUGUGAACGUAGUUAUUUUCUAAGACAAUGUUUUAAGAUGUUGGGACUUCCAACUCCCAGAGUUCAUAGCUGGUUGCUAUGUUGUAACUCAUGAUGGCCAUUAAGCGAGCCCCCACUUUUAACAGUCCUUUUUUGUGACGGUAGUUAAGCAAAUGCAGUGAUUCUUAUGGUUCACUACAGGUGUGGUUUUGCCAAAACCCAGAAGUAAAUGCUGGUUUUCAGCAAAAUUUUGUAAAACUUGAUCACAGAACACUGCAAAUGGCUGUAAAGAUGGCCUAGUUUUGAGUGUGCAAAGUGCAGUCCUCUGGCUGUCGGGGGAGCACACUUUUGGAACUUCAAACUUGGAUUGAAGUACACACACACACCCUCUUCUCGGUCUGUUGGAACUUCCAAUGGUUGCUAAGCAACCAGUGUUGAUGACUAAUUGUAAAUAUUUCAUGCACAGAACAUUUCCGUUCCUUUAAUAAAGAAAUCACAUUUAUGUAACUCUGUUUGAUUCUUUAUUUUUACACUUUGAGAGUAACAAGAAAGCUUUAAAAAUGAAACAAAUACUUCACAACUCUGUAACAGAUUAAAACAAAACAAAAGAGACACCAUGCUAUACACUUUUGAAGAAAGUCUGCUUCUUUAGCCUAGGGCAAAUGUUUUUGCAAUAACAUCCAUUUAAGAAUCGAAAUAAAUUAAAGAAAUUGUUGUGGCAAAUUGAAAAUAUUUUGUUCCAAUUAAAAAAAAUCAAACUUUAUAACUUUUAAAAGAGCCAUUUUUUUUAGUUUUGAAGAUAAAUUGAUCAUGCAUUAUUUCUUCAUGUAAGAAUAAAAUUCCUCAGUUGUUUUAAAGAGUAAAUUCAAAUUUUAAAAAUAAAAUAUGUAGAAUCAAAUCUAAGAUUGAUUUAGACUGUUUCCAUUUUAAUAUUUUCCAGUGUUAAAACUAUACUAUGAAUUUUGCCCCAUUAACACCCUUUCCUGCCACAGUUG